UUUUAAUACAUUUAUUUCCUAUACCAAAAUGUGGAGGAAGAAUUUUAAGAAGCAAUAUGCUGAAGAUGACUACUACGAAGAUGAAGACAGGGGUAUCCCUGACUCAGCAAGGUGUGUUACUAAGAAAGAAAUCCAAGAAGAAGCCAUGACUCCUUUCUUUGGAGAAGAGCUUUAUUGAAGAGGGAAAGUUGAAGGUGGGCAAGAGCAGGUGUCUAGACCGGAGAGACAGCAGGAGUUUGAAGAAUGUGAACAACAGGUUUCGAUAGAAAUAGAGGAAAUUUUAAAGAAAUAUGAAGGAUGUCAAGAGAAAAUUCCUAGUGAACAUGAAUUCAAUAUGGUAUGCUCUUAUCUUGGAAUUGAUGAUCCUGAAAGCUAUGAUGAAGUCUUGACUACCUAUUUAAGUCACAUCUUAUCAAAUGUCAAAAAGUUACACUCCAAGAUUGAUAAGCAGCUCAGAGAUUUAGAAGAGAAAAAGAUGACAAUUCUAAACGCAGUUGCUAAGUCAGAUGCUCAAAUAGACUUAAUAAUGAGCCAAAUUUGCUAGAUUCAUCCUAAAAAUCAGUUGUUGAAUAUCAAA